AUGUACAAGUGUUCUUUUCUACUAUUCGUUAUUAGUUUAUGUUGUUUAGCGAUUGUUGAUGCCAAACGACGAGCUACAGGUCAAUCGCAACAUAAUUUGGGUGACUUUUGUAUGCCAGGUACAUGCGCUAGUUUAAAUUCGAAUUGUAAACGUAUCGGUGGCAAUGCCUUUCGAUGUGUUUGUAAAGAACAGUAUAUGGCUAUAAAUAAAACUCAUUGUGUAAAAGUAAUCAAUGCAUCAGUUGAUGAUGCAUGUGGGUCAUGCAUUAAACGUAAUGGUAUUUGUUUGGAUGAAAAUUCUAAUGAUCGUAUGGAUAAAUGCUUUUGUCCUACUGAAAAUGAUCUAUGCAAUGAUCGAACAACAUCAUUUUUUGAACAAGCUACGCAACCGAUAAGAAAAAAAGUAGUGGCUGUAACGCAGUUAAUACCCAGUCGAAAUGUUAAUCAAGGUGAUCUUGUACUUGGCUUAUAUGAUGUCAAUCAGCAACGACUGGUCGACAAUGGAGGUUCAGUUAUUAUUGGUGAUCGUCUAUUUAUUGAGAUAAAAUAUCGAACAAAUAUUCAAAAUUCUGAUCGACAUCAAAUAAUUGCAGAAAAUUGUUCAAUUGCUUCAAGUGUUUCUGAUAAUGAAAUCAAAUUAGAAAAAUUACAAUUAUUAACGAAUCGUUGUCCAUCAGCAGAUUCUCGUUCACCAGUACGUUUUCAACGUAUUGAUCCGUAUCAUAUAAAAAGUACUGUUUUUCAAAUGAAUAAAUUUCAAACAACGUCCGUUGUUUAUUUGCGAUGUUCAAUUGCAAUUUGUUCUGGUCGAAUAGAAAAUUGUCAAGAACGUCUAUGUCCAGAUAUUCGACGACCGUCUUCGAAUCGAGCAAACAAUACCGUAUCGAUAGAUUCAACUUCGUUUGAUUACGUUGAUGAAGAUAGUGCGAGUGUCUUAGCGUUGAAAAGACGACAAACCAAUAAUUAUGAUGAAGAACAACAGCAGAAAUUUACAAAAUUAAUAACAGAUUUAUCGAAAUCAUUUGAAUCUGCCAAUAAUUAUUAUGAAAUAAGACAACUACAACAACAAUUUACCAUUGAAAUGCCAUUAGCACAACCAGCACACAAACGGAAAUUAGCCUAUGACACACUUUACGGUCGCACAUCAUUAGCAGCACAAGGUGCAGUUGAAAGAUCAACUAUAAUUGCUGCCAUAUCGAUUAUAUUUAUUAUUGGUAUCUCUGUAUCGCUAUUUGUUAUUUAUCGAACAUGUUACUUUGAAUACGUUCAACGAGUCUAUGGUGCAACAUCAACGGCUGGUUUUAUGAAUGGUGCCGAAUCGGUUGAUGGAGGAUUAAGAAGUACAUCGCAAGUCUGUCGUUAUGAUAUGGGACGUCGAUCAGCCCAACGGUUCGAUGAAAGUUUCUUUGCUAAUAAUGUUGAACCAUUAGGAGCGUAUCGAAGACAAUAUUAA